GAUAUUGAGACCGCAGCGGGGGGAUUUCAGCAGAGGAAGGGGAUGCGGCAGUGUCUUCCACUCACAUUUUGCUUCCACACUGGCCUCAGCCAGUACAUGGCCUUGGAGAGCACAGAGGGACGAACACGCAGUGAAAUCUUCUAUCAGUGCCCGGAUCAACUGGCACAAGAUCCCUCUGCGAUUGACAUGUUCAUUACGGGUCCCAACUUUACUGAGUGGUUCACUUCCUUUGUUGACAAUGUUGUAACAGGAGAAUACCCCAUCAUUCGGGACCAGAUCUUCAGGUAUGUUCAUGACAAGCGCUGCGUGGCAACCACUGGUGACAUCACAGUGUCAGUCUCUACCUCCUUCCUGCCAGAGCUCAGUUCAGUCCAUCCGCCACACUUUUUCUUCACCUAUAGAAUCAGGAUUGAGAUGGCAAAGUCUGCCCUGCCAGAGAAUGCAUGCCAGCUAGACAGUCGCUACUGGAAGAUCACAAAUGCAAACGGAAAUGUGGAGGAGGUCCGUGGCCCUGGUGUUGUGGGUAAGAGUAUACCCCUGUAA